GUCCUAAUGAUGUUCGUGUGCGCAUGAAAGCUGUUGGCAUUUGUGGCACUGAUGUCCAUUACCUGAAGACUAUGAGGAUGACUCAUUAUGUUGUCAAAGAACCUAUGGUGAUUGGACAUGAGUGUGCUGGAAUUAUUGAAGAGUUGGGAAGUGAAGUGAAAUCUCUUGCUGUGGGUGACCGUGUUGCCAUAGAACCUGGAAUGACCUGUGGCCGCUGCAAGUAUUGCAGGGCUGGGCGCUACAAUCUAUGUGAUGACACAAAGUCUUUAGGCCUUCCACCAGUUCAUGGCUCUCUUGCUAAUCAGCUGGUGCAUCCUGCUGAUCUUUGCUUCAAGCUUCCUGACAAUGUGAACUUGGAGGAAGGGGCCAUGUGUGAGCCCCUUAGUGUUGGUGUACAUGCUUGCAGGAGAGCUGGCAUUAAUCCAGAGACAACUGUGCUCAUUGUUGGGGCUGGAACUAUAGGAUUAGUCACGAUGUUUACCGCACGUGCCUUUGGAUCCCCAAGAAUUGUUAUAGCUGAUGUUGAUGAACAGCGCCUUUCAAUUGCGAAAUCUCUUGGUGCAGAUGAAUUCGUCAAGGUUUCUCCAGAUAUUAAGGAUGUAGAUGAGGAAGUUGAGCUGAUAAAAAAAGCUAUGGGUUGUGAUAUUGAUGUGACUUUCGAUUGUGCUGGCUUUAGCAAAACCAUGUCCACUGCUCUGAAUGCUACUCGCACGGCCGGCAAGAUUUGUCUUGUGGGCAUGGGCCACAAUGAGCUGACCAUUCCUAUAACUCCUGCUGUCGCAGCAAGAGAAGUUGAUAUUAUCGGCGCGUUCCGCUACAAAGAAACUUGGCCCCUAUGCAUUGAACUAAUAAGGUCUGGGAAAAUUGAUGUGAAGCCUUUGAUAACUCACCGAUUUGGGUUUUCUCAGAAGGAGGUCGACGAAGCGUUCAAAGUUAGCGCGCGUGGGGGCAAUGCAAUUAAGGUCAUGUUCAACCUCUAGCACGUACAUAUUUUGCUCCAGGCUUGUGGUUUGUGAUAAUAACAAAUCAUGCUAUGUAUGUGAUCAUUUCAUGUAGGAAUGCUUCAUGAAUAAGGCUGUUGUUGAAUGAAAUGCUUUUAGUUAAAUAAAAUAUCAUGUCAUGAUUUUGGUUG